AAUCCAUUCCAAAUUCAAUUUCGAGCAAAAACAAAGGAUCUGGUGAACUAACUUUUGAAAAUGGCCAAAAAGGGGAAGAAAAAGGGUAAAGGAAAGAAGAAGAAGAACGAAUGCCAACAACCAAUUCCGUUGCCGCAACCGGAGGGUGAUUGCGACGAGUGCUGUCAGUGCCAGUGCGAUUGCGAUUGCAGUCCGGAGAUACAGCCGUGCUUUGUGGAGGUGACACGUCCGGAGCCGAGCUUCGAGGCCUACGAUGAGUUCGAGGCGUGCCUGAAUGGCAGCGGACUGACCAUACGCGUGCUCAAGGACACACACAAGGUGGACUGUGUGGAUGAUGGCGCAGAUGAUGAUCCCGAUCUGGGAGCCGAUGAUGACGAGUGUUACAGGCAGGACAUAGAGGACUGCAAUCAGAAACGCGAGUGCGUGAACGCGUUGCUCCAGCGCAGUGCCUUUGCUCGCAAUCAUAUUAAGCGCCGCACCGGGGGCAAGAUCAUCAACCAUCCGCACAUACCGAAAGUGCGAGCCAACAUCAAGUAUGCUGGGAACGAUGCCUGCGAGGCGGACAACUACUACGUGCCCUUCUCAAAGAUCAAGGAGAUGUGCGAUCAGCAGGAGGCCAAGGUGGACUGCUAUCGGCGUCGACUGUGCGGCGGCGGCACACCGGUGACCCGUGCCCAGCCACAAAACUUCAAUCAGCGCAACUGCUGCAUGCAGGUGGAGCGACGCGACAUUACCGAUGCCAUGAAGGGUAUCAACGAGGACACACGCCGCAAGGGCAUAGAGGUCUGUUACAAAACGUGCGACGAAACCGAUAGUGAUGUGUUCCUUGUGAAGCUUGGUAGCAAGUCUAAGGCGCAGAAGAAGAAGAACACCAUCGAAAUCGAGCUGCGCACGCCCAAGCAGCCCGUCACGCUGCCAGCUCGCAAGGUCACAACAGACACCUAUGUUACGGAGGCCCUACUAGACGCUGCCAUGGGCAAGAAGGGCAAGAAGGGUAAGAAGGGCAAGAAGGGCAAGAAGAAGAAGUAGGCAGCUCGCAUCACCUCAUGCAUGUGAGACCACCUCCCGGAUUUUCAACCCAACCAACCACUGGACUUUGCAACAAUCACAAAACCAAAUGUUAGAGAGUACUAUUCCGCCCCCGAUACGAGAACAUAAAACAGCAAAAUCCCAAACCAAUUGUCGCGGAGGAACGAAUCGAAAUGAAACAAAAGUAACCCACCGAAAUUGUCGAAAUUUUAGCAGUUAAUUGGCCUCAAGUGCACGCUACGACUAUUUAGUUAAAGAAACACAUCGAUUAUAUUUUAGAUGCAGUUCAAUAAAUGUAAAAUUUGGGAUAAA